AUGGAAUCUCUCUAUGAAAAAUACGACAAUAUACAAAAAGAUUAUGAAAAAAAACUUGAAGACUUAAAGCAAAGCAAAGAAACGAUUGAAGUAGAAGACGAAGAAGAAAUAGAAGAAGAUGAGGAAGAGGAAGACAUAGAAGUACCACCAGGAGUGUAUCCAGAAGAUAGUGAUUAUUAUUCAACUGUUCAAGAACUAGACGAAAACGAGGAACAUCAUUCAAAUGGUAAUGAUGAAGAUUCAUUAUUUUUACAAGAUUCAACUGGUCCAAACCCUGAGGAAUCACAAGAUGGAUCUUGGUUUGGUCCACAUGGCCCUAGUUCUAUCCACUUACCGACACCUGUCAGCGGAGGUAGAAAAAAACGCCAAAAGAUAAAGGAACAGAAUCUUGGCCGACAAUCAUCUGAAAAAUCCAAUAAGGGGCAACAAGGAAAAAAAGAAAUCGAUGAAUCGUAUCUUGGUAAAUACCAAAAUGAGCCAUACUACGGUACACUAAAGAUCUUGUAUGAAAGAAGCCCAUAUGAACUAUUUUAUAAUCUAAAAGAAUUGCUUAAUGAUAAAUACCAAACUGAAAAACGUAAAAUCGAUGAACAUUACUACAAUGAAUUAGAUGUUCUCUGUAAGCUUUUCACGAGAGACAAAUUUAAUGAUGAUAAAAAAAGCAUCAAGGAUAAAUACGAAGCUGCAGGUCAACUCACCAAUGGUCAUUGCCAAAAUGAAAUAAUGUUUAUCUUUAAAAAAUUCAACGAUGAUCAAAUGAACUAUGAAAAGAAGAUUCUUGAAUUAAAAUACCAAGAUAAAAAAAAAGCGCACGAUGCAGAAUUUGAUACUAAACUAAAGGCUAUCACUGAAAAAUACGAAGAUGAAAAAAGAAAAUUUGAAAAAAAACUUGUAGAUGAAUUAAAAAAAAGAAACCACGUCGAUGAAUUGUACAACGAAGUGCACUACAAGGUUGAUGCUGAGUUCAUGAAACGAGAUUUCGACAUUGCAGAUUACUACACUGGAAACAAAGAGAAAUACGAAAAAUACAAACAUACUGAAUUCGAAGAAGUGAGGAAAUUAGUCGAACAGAAAUACCAAACUGUAGGAAAGCGUUACGAUUCAAAUUACUACAGUAGAAGGCACAGAAAUGAAAAGAAAUAUGUCAACGAUAGGCACUUAACUUUAGGACUACCUCUCGAUAAGCAUUACUAUGAUGAAUUAAAAUUUCUCUUUGAAGUUUAUACCAGUUCUAGAUACGACAAUGAGAUGUGGCUUCUCAAUUUAAAAUACACAAAUGAAGGAAAAAAACGCGAUGAUGCUUAUGAAACUGAAAUGGAAUCUAUCUAUGCAAAACACGACAAAAAACAAAAAUAUUAUGAAAAAAAACUUCAAGACUUAAUGAAAAAGAGGAAAACAACUGAAGAAGAAGUAAAAGGUAAAAUAGGCAGUGCUAAAGCAAAAGGUAUUCUAGGAAAACUUUUUGCCACAGGAUCACCGAUUGGAUCUUUCACACCCACCUCGCGCGAAUGCCCAAGUGUAACUAUAAAUGGUGAUAUUUACAUGGAUGCCGAUGAAAAACUUAGUACAUUCAAAAAAGAACCAUACUACGAUGAAUUAAAGGAAUUAUACGAAAGAUACAAGCAUCAAAGUUUUUAUAAUGUAAAAAGGUUUAUCGAUGACAAGUAUGAUUUGCAACAGAGGGAUUACGACACUCAUUACUAUAAUGAAAUAGAUUUUAUGAUUAAAUUAAUGAUCAGAGAUAAAUUCCUUGAUGAGAAGAAUAGUAUCCUAGAUAAAUACAGAAGUGGAGAUCAUAAUGACGGUCGUUGCUACCGUGAAAUAGUUUAUCUCUUUAAAAAAUAUAACGAAGAACAAAUGAUGACCGAACAGAGAGUUCUUGAAUUAAGAUACCUGAAUGAAUAUCGCAUGCGAGGUCCAGAUUAUUUUCAAGAACUGUUGAUAAAGCAACAUAAUUAUAACAACAAAUGUAAAAUAUUUGAAAGAGAACUUGAAAAAGAAUUGAAGAAUCCAUUACAGAGAAAAAAAAACGAUAAAAGUGAAUUGUUUGAUGGUUUAUAUUACCACGAUGAUGAAGAAUUCAGCGACCGAACAUUCGACAAGGCAUCAUACUACGAUGAAAUGAAGAAAUUAUAUGAACAUUACAAACAUUCAGAAUUCGAAGAUAUAAAGAAAAUUGUCGAUAAAAAAUACGCCAAUUUGGGAACUUCUGCCAAUCAAAAUUACUACACAGAAAUAAAUCGUUUAUGUGACAUACUCCUUACUAAAAAAUACGAAGAAGAAAAAAAAUUUAUCACUGAAAGAUACUCAUAUUUAAAUAUGCCUCUCGAUAAACAUUACGUUGAUGAGUUAAAGUUUCUGCAUGAACAGUAUACGAAUAGUCAAUACGAUAAUGAAGUUUGGCUUCUCCGUUUAAAAUAUCAAAAUGAAGGACGACCAACUAACGAUAGAGCUUUUGAAAGAGAAAGGCAACCUAUCUAUAAAAAAUACGACAAAAAACAAAAAGAGUAUGUAAAAAAACUUCAAGAAGAAGUAGGGUCUAGAAGAGCAAAAGGUGAAGGUGAAAUGGCUAAUAAAGGGUACUCCCCUAAAUUAAGGCUUUCGCAAGGCAAACCCAAAGAUGGAAAUUACAGAAAUGAAUCAUACCGUCUUCAUUUAAUGACUAUGUAUGAUAAUUGUCAACAGGAAGAUCUUCAUAAUAUAAUAAAAUUGGUCACUGAUAAUUAUCAGGCUAUUGGAAGACCAUACGAUGACCAUUUCUACAAUGAAAUAGACGUGAUGUUUAAACUAUUUAAAAACGAAAAGUACAAACAUGAGAGAAGGAAUAUUAAAGAAAAGUAUGGAGGUUUUGGAUUAAACCGCGAUAAAUGCUUCAAUGAAAUAAUGUUCCUUUAUCAAAAAUAUAACGAUGAAAAAAAGGAUGCUGAAAAACAAAUUCUUGAUUUAAGAUACAAGUAUGGGGGUCGUCCUCAAGAUAAAGCAUAUUUUACUAAAAUAAUGGAGAUAAAUGGAAAAUACGCCGCUGAAAGAAAGGCUUAUAAAAAACAUCUUCAAGAAGAAUUGCAAUCAUCAAAAUCAGAUCCUUGUGAUUACUGUGGUGAAGAAUACAAAGGUAUUUAUUACGAUGAUGAUGAUGAAUUCAACGAUCCAAAUUUCGAUCUUCCACAUUAUUACAAUGAAAUGAAGAUUAAAUAUGAAAAAUAUCGACACUCUGAGUUCAAUGAUGCAAAAAAUUUCAUGGAUGAAAAAUAUAGAAAUGAAGGAAGACCCUACGAUGACGGCUACUACUGUGAACUAAACGCUUUGACAUAUAUGUUUUUGAAGGAAAGAUUUGAUAAGGAAAAAAAAUUUAUCGAAGAUAAAUACACAACUGUAGAUUUACCUCGUGAUAACAAAAAUUACUACUAUGAAGUAAAAUUUCUGGGUGAAAGAUUUCACUUCUUACAGCGUACAUAUGAACAUGCACUUCUAGAUUUGAAAUACUACAAUGAUGGAUUACCUCGCAAUGAAAACUAUUAUCUUGAACUUUCAGAUAUCUAUAAAAAAUAUGACAAUAAACAUAAAAAAUUUGACAAAGCACUUCAAGAUGGGAUAGCGAACAAAAAAUACAAUUUUACUGAAGAACCAGAUGAAGAUGAUUUAAGAAACCUAGAUUAUCAUAGUAAAAUGAUGUCUUUGUUUAAGAAGGAAACACGUGAUCAUGACGCUAGUAUACAAUACAACAUGAACAUAAAGGCUUUGAAGGAAAACAACAAACUUGAUGAAUUCCAGAUUGUAAAAAAACUUCUUGAUGAUAAAUACACUUCUAUAGGAAGGCCUUUCGAUGAUCAUUACUACAAUGAAUUAGAUUAUAUUCUUAAAAGUUUAAACUUGGAAACAUACCACAAUCUAAAAUGUAGGAUAAGGGAAAGAUACAGUAUUUCUGGAAAUUUGGGAGAUGAGACUAGCUACCGUCAUGCAUUGUUUACCUACCAUUUAUACCAGCAAGAAAAUUUGAAUAACGAUAAAGCGAUCAUCAAUUUAAAAUAUCAACGUCGAGGACUUCCGCACGAUGAUAGUUAUCACAGAGAAAUAAAUGCGCUCUCUACAAGAUAUGAAAGAGAAAGUAAAAAUUAUGAAAAAAAACUUAAAGCGGAAAUGGAAACUGAAUUCAAUGAGAGGGAAUACUUUGCUGAAUUUUACGAAGCUCCGAAUUACAAAAAUGAUGAAGAAUUCGGACAUUCUGGUUUUGACUUUUACUUAUACUACAGUGAAGCGAAGUUUGCAUUCCAAAAAUACGAACAUUCUGAAUUCGAUGAAGUAAAAAAAAUUGUCGAUAAAAGGUUCAUUGAUGAAGGAAGAUUGUUCGAUGAUAGUUACUACAGUGAAUUAAAGCGACUCGCUGACGUUUGUACCACUGAAAAAUACAAAGAAGAAACAAAAAAUAUCACUGAAAAGUACAAAAAAUUAGGGCAGACUCAAGUUUCUGAGUAUUACCAUAGGGAAUUAAUGGAUGCCUUUAGUUGGUACAACCAUAAACUAAGUUUAACUGAAAUGUGGAUUACACAUCUAAAAUAUCAAAAUGAAGGAAAGUCGCGUGAUGAAUCUUUUCAUAGUCUGAUGCAAAUUAUAGGUGACAAAUAUGAAGAAAAAAGAUUAAGGUAUGCAGGAAAACUUGGAAUACAUUUUACUAGGUACAAAGGAAGAGAUUAUAAUUAUAAUCAGGAUGAUGUAAACCCUGAUGCUGAAAAUCACAGUGAAUACUACAAUAAGUUACAACGUAUGCUUGCAAAAUAUAGCAAUGAAGAAUUCGAUAAAAUAAAAAAAGAUAUUGAUGAAAAAUACAAACUUGAAGCAAGACCUUUCGAUAAACAUUACUACAGUGAAUUAGAACGUGUCUCUUAUGGAAAAUGCAAUGAUAAAUAUAAUGAUGAAGUAGAAAAGAUCCAUCUAAGAUACCAAAGAGAAGUCAGACCUCGCGAUAAACACUACUACAAUGAAUUAAUGAGUGCCUUUGCAAAAAACAGCGAAGAAAAAUUUAAUUUGGGAAAGGUGAUCCUCGAUUUAAAAUACAAAAACCAAGGACGUCCUUUCGAUGAAAGUUAUCGUAAUUCUGUAAAGAAACUUUAUGAAAAAUUAGUUGCUGAUAACGGCCAGCAGCAGAAUAAGCUUGACGCUGAAUUGAAUGGCAGAACUGCAACUAAUGACUUUCACUCCGCACAAUAUAAAGGCCCUGUUGAUUUCGUCGAUGAUGAUAUGACCGAAGAAGAUAAAAAAAAUGAACAAUACUACAAUAAGCUAAAGGAAAUUCGUGAAAAAUGCAACAAAAAUCAGUUCGAUACCGUAAAAAAAAUUGUCGAUAAAUCAAAAGAUGCAAAAGAAGGCGACGAUGAAGAUUACUAUAAUGAAUUACGUCGUGUCGGUGCAGAUAAGAUCAAUGAACAAUACAAAAAAGAAAAAAAAGCUAUCAAGGACAAAUAUAAAGGACAAAAAGGAUUACCUCGUGAUGACGAUUACUACUAUCAAUUAAUGCGCCUCUUUGAGAAAUACAACGAUGAACACUUGAACCAUGAAAAAUUGGUCCUAGAAUUAAGACACAAGAACGAAAAUUUGCCUCAGGAUGAAAGGUUUCAUGCUCUAUUAAAGCAUUUCUAUGAAAAAUGUGUAUAUGAUAAACAAGCGUAUCAAGAGAAGUUUCUAGACAAAAUCCGUAAAAAUAAAGCUCCUUCUGGAAAAUACGAUGAUGGAGAUAAUGAUGACGCUCAGGAUUUCAGCACACAUAGGAGUAGCCCACAAAGUCUUACAGAUGGUGAAUACAAAAAAAAACUUAACAGAUUGUUGAAAUCAUACGACCCUACAGAAUUCCAUAAUCUAAAACAAACCCUUGAUGGAGAAUACCAAUCUUCAGGAAAGAGCAUAGAUGCUGAUUACUUCAAAGAAUUAAAAACUCGCGCUACUAAAAAUGUCAAGGAUAGACAUGAUGAAGCGAAAAAUACUAUCAUUAGAAUAUACAAGCAAAUACCUGGUGGACGACGUUGUGAUGAAUUCUACAAAGAAUUAAUUGAACUCUUUUAUAAAUAUAACGACGAGAAAUUCAACAACGAAAAGUAUAUCCUCGAGUUAAAAUACGAAAGAGAAAGACUUCCUCGCAGAGAAGAAUAUCACAAACAAGUAAGGAGUAUCUUUGAAAAUAUCCAAAGUGAAAAAGAUAAAUAUGAACUGAAAAUGCUAGAAGAAUUGAUCAAGAAAAAAAAUAAAGCCCGUUCAAAACAACAACAAGAAGGUGAUGAUGAUGAAGAAGAAGGAGGAGAAGGAGAGGGAGAAGGAGCAAUAGAAGUAACAUAUGAUGAUGAAGAUGAAGAUGAAGAAAGCGAGAAAACAGAAUCCAAAGAACAACAGUUGAAAAAGCAACAAUACGAUGAAGAAGUAAAAGCUCUUAAUAAAACAUUCGAAGUUGAAGAAAAACGUCACCAGGAAUCUUACGCCAAUGAAUUAAAAGGCCUCUUUGAUAAAUACAACAAGAAUAUUAAGUCUUUGUUAGAAAUACACGAUAAAGAAAACCCUAAUAAAAAUUAUGUGAAAGAAAAAAAAGAUCUAGACGUAAAAUACAAAAAAGGAACAAAAGAUGCUGCUCUCGGUGAUGAUUACUACGGUGAAUUCAAGGCUCUCUUUGAUAAAUACCCAACUGUGAAUUACAACAGGGAAAUGAAAGCUCUAGAUGAUAAAUGUGCUACUGAAAAAGCAGCUCAUGAUUCACAUUAUACCGAAAAAAAUAAAGUUCUCACUGAGAAAUACAAUACUCAAUUAAAAAUUCUUUGUGAAAAAUACGAUCAACAGUUUCCUGGUUACACAAAAUCAGCAAAAGGACCACUAGGGACACAAGGAGGCAAGUCCAAAACUAAAAAAGCCGCCGCACCAAAUCAAAGGAAACCAUUAAGAUAA